UCAGUGUUGAAUCCGGUGAGCGAGGAUGCCAUGCAAUUGGCCCUGCAUGGUAAAUCCAGCGAAUUUGAAAGCAAUUGUCUAGAAAAUCCUGAACUUCUCUGUGGAAAUGAGCUGGUGUACAAGAUGAACAAGUGCCCUUUUACUUUCAGCAUGACGGUACACCAGCUCAUUUCCACGGAGAAGUUUGGGAUUUUCUAGACAUUUGCUUUCAACUUCCCUGGAUUGGCCGUCCAGGUUCAAUUGCAUGGCCACCUCGCUCACCGUAUUUAACACUGAUGGAUUUCUUCCUGUGGGGUAUCAUUAAGAAUAAGGUUAAUGUUCCGCCUCUACCAGACAAUCUUAAUGACCUCCGAAAUCGGAACACUGCGGUUGCACAAGUUACGCCUGAUAUGCGUACUAGUGUGGCAACUAGCCAUCGCUCUGAUUUUUGUCGAGUGAAGGCCAGCCAAGCAAAGAAGGCGAGAGGCCAACCGAGCAACCACAAAUGGUCACAUUGCAGUAUGAAUAGCAAGACCAACGUGGCCAAGCUUACCAGCGACUGGACGAUAGUGUUGUCUAUAGUGAGGUCCACGUUAUAAUGGCAGUGGAGAAAGAUAGGAGGAAAACGUUGUCUAUAGACAGUAGCUGAUA